AUGACUCUCCAAAUAACAGCAAGCCGUCUGCAGCCUGGGACAAACGGCGCAAAUAUCCUCCCAAAUGUGAUUUUCUCGAUGGAAUUUAACGUGAGUAAUGUAUUGAAACAUUUGCGGAGGGAGUUUUAAGUCUCGCAUUGCAAAUUUCUGAAGUAAUCAUCCUGCUCCAGGGUUUACAAUGCAUAUAGCGGAACUGAGCAUGAGAAUCACUGACGGUGGGAAACAUCUAAGUCGGCCUUCGAGAGGAGCUCCGUCGAAGUGGUUCGCCACUGCGGCUUAUAAUUUGCUAAGGGCAUAUUUGUAGGUAGAUUGCCCUGAGUGUGAGUGGAAAGACUCGACUGUUGCCAAUAGAAGCGAAGAGACGAGUCCCAGGAAGCAGUCUUGAAGAAGGAGGCACGAUCGCUGGGACAAGAGCUUUAUUAGCCUGAUGUUUCGGAUUCCUGCUCGAAACCAUCAUCAGAGACAAAAGCAGAUACGGGUGGUUCAUGCACAAGGGGAUGCAAUAUUUAUAGGAUGCAGUCGCCAUGCUACCGCAUACCUAUGAAUAUUCACGGCUCCCACCCCCUUCAUCAGGGAUCGUUGCACGUGAUGUGAUGGCCGACAUUCGCGUCGUUAAUUGCUGCAAUUUCAUCACGUGCGUUGGAUGUUGGUGUGAUGAUUGAUCGACCAUCUGAUUCACCGACCCCGGCGUUGCGAAAAGUGUCCACCUGUGCGCUACCCGCGUGUCUUAUUACUCCGCCUAGGCGAAGUCUCAGCACUGAAUAUGGAAGGGGAAGGUCAUUGCACUUGUUAAUGGACUGGGGGGCAGUAAACCAUGACUCAUGCAGCUCCCCGCUCACGCGGUUGUCACCUCUUGCGAGAACUUCGACCUCGUCGAAUGAGCCGUCACCCGAAAGAUGGCGUCAUUGCCAAUAGAAGCGAUGGCGUCAUUGCCAAUAGAAGCGAUGGCGUCAUUCCUCUGCCCUGCCACAGCGUGUUCGGCCAUUCGCGUGAACGCAUUUGUAGGUAGAUCGCCCUGAGUGAGAGUAGAAGGAAUCGACCGUCAUUGAGGUGGAGUUCACUGCAGUCUUGGAAAUUUUCCACGCGUGGUGGGGACGGUAGCCCACGGACUGGCAAACUCCAAUUCCUUGCACAGCACAGGCCCCACACCGACUCCAGCCAAUGGUUCAAAGGUCCUUGUGGAUGUGAGCCCACGGAAACAAGGCACUAUACUUGAACACAUUUCAGGAGUAACCAUCCAACUCAAACCACUCUAGAACCGCCAGUUCAAGUGUUGAAAGAUGAUGUGCCUCGUAUUCCUCAUAGGGAAGGACUGAAUUGAGGGAUACACGCAGCUUCCGGAGGCUUGGUAAAUACAAGUAAAAUUACAUAAGAGGACAGUUACUUUUCUUUAAUAAAUAAGCAAACAUCAAUAAGGGCAAGCUGACAGGUGUUUCUGGGAUGAUGAAGCACCGAAAAGUAGCAAUUGUGGCACCAGUCUUGCGCGCAUCUUGUAUCAUGGGUGGAAGCGUGUCUACUUCAGUGGGGAACUUGAUUGGUCGAUUCACCUGACUGUGAUUGGCCAAUUUCGCUAAACGUGAUUCGUCAGUUUGUCUGAUUAUGAUUGAUCGGACAGCAUACGGUACCUCACAGAGCCAGAAGCUGAUCUGACGUGUUGAGGAACGUCAUACAAUGCUUCAUGGUGUAAGCCAAGUCCACGGACGUUGGUGCGUACACGUGAUCAAGCGCAAGACUGAUUGGCAGUGUGGUAGAAAACCCUGGGAGUGAGGUAAGUUAAGGCGCAGAGUGACUGUUUGUUUGCUUUGUGUGGUGAAAGCACCACACAUCGGAUCCGACCUAGAUAAACCUCAUUCUCCCACUCCUCCCCCAUAUCAAUGACAGAUCUGUUUCCAGCCGCCAGGUUUCCCUUCCUCAGAGUUUGAUUUGACUGAAGGUGGAGCUUCCAUAAAGGCCAUAUCAAGACAAACACAACACUGUGCGAUCACCAUUCGGAAGGAGAAUCAAGUUAUCUCGUCAGGGAACAAACUUGCAGUGGCCGAAUUUUGAAAGUUAAACGCUUCCACAGCCCCACAUUUGGAAGAUAUUCGUCCUUCGGCAUGCCUCGAGAUGAACCCAGUUUACCUUCUUCCCGGGUGCCCCUUCUGUAGCGGCUUUGGUGAUUGGUGCAUCGUUUGCCCCAAAAACGGGCUACGCAGACCAUCACGGAGACCACAUCAGAUUAUGACAGGCAUUAUCGAUUCCCUAACCAUUACGAAUUUCAGGCCCGGUCUCGAAGAGAGAGAGAAGUUCGGACGCAAGUAGAUAGCGCAGAAUGAUUGCAGAACAGGUUGGAACAAGUUGGCUUUGAAGUUGGUUGGCGAUCUGGAUAGUUGUGAUUGGUCGAGAACAAGACGGGCGCCGGUACGUACGACAAAGUACAGUCAGUGACCGAUCUCACGAAAUGUUGACCGAAAUUUUGAAAUGCAUAUUCGAUCAUAAAGGAUUACUCCGGUGUAGUUGUAAUAUUGAUUGCUUUGCGCCAUAAUGCAGCGAUAUCCCCGGCAUGCCAGGAUGUUGGCCUUUACAUUAACUCCUUUUCGGCCACCUGUUAUGACUGAACUCGGCAAAAAUGACUACUUGAACAGUAAUUAUUUGUUAUUGAUUUCCGAUGCCCUUCUGAAUUAAAAUAUAUUUUGCGGAAAACUGCCAUAAAAAUAUUCGUUCGUGUACUCAUUUGGUAAAAAAUCACGUCUUCUUCAAAUUUUAUACUCAAAUAAAGGGUAUCUUCUGGUUUUAAAAAAGUUUCUCAAUUCCAGAAUAAUUUGAGCUCGAUCUGCCGUUGCAAUGGCGUCUACGGUUUCUAGUCUACUAGCCGUAUGCUUCCUGCUCACUCAUGACGAAUGCCAAUACUCGGGUGCGGCGACAUGUCCCGUUGCAGGCCCAGGGCGCGCCAUUUUCGAUGAAUGUUUAUUGUGGGUGAGAUGGUACGCCUAGGCGCGGGUUCACGCUGCGCCAACCACCUGCGGCCUCUCCCGCCUUUGGUCUUCUUGACUUGGUCAUGCGGUAUAUUCUGCGCAAGUCUGCCAUCCCUACAAACUAAUUCGCGCGCAAUUCACGUCCCUGCCCUCGCCUUACUGAGGAUCGCACGGUGGACAUCGUCGAAAUUGACAGUCGAACUGUCGGGUACAUCGUAGCUACCACAAUAAUCAUGACCCGGUCGCGUUUUCGAUCAGAAGUACUCGACACGGAGAUUCGGUGAUUGCCAGAGACGUUCGGUUAUUGGGUGCUCAUGGUGUUUCGGUUGGCCUGUUACUGACUGUCCUCGACAACGGAUGUUUGUAUGUUCCAGGCCCACAAGAACAGUGAUCAUGGAAUUUCUAGCACGGCGUAGGUGCCAGAGGCAGGCAGCUUAUAGGCGCUUGAGGUGCUGCAUGAACUCGCCGGGUAGUAUACCGACCGAAAUUGUCAGGCCUUAAAUCCACUGGCGGGCCUGAAGGUCGUGAUAACCAGGGUAACGCACUCGGCUUAGACUCCUGUGAUACACUUGCUUCAUUAGAUAUUUCAGAGGAGUUGCUUAUUGGUUGUUUUAAAGAUCGACCGGCCCUGAAGCAAAUUGUGAGUCUUUGCGGUCAGUGUACGUUAUGUGGUGGGCAACUCUGUAAAAGUUUUCGGUGGCGAGGUCCUUAGAAUAGAUACGGUUUCGGCUGCUGACCUGCAAUCAUUUAUGUAGGUGCCUUGAAGUUCACCGAGACUACCGUAUUUGAAUAUUGAUUAUUCCUGUAACGUUUGUUCGGACUUGGAAACACUUCUCUGUCGUUAAGUAAAGUUUAAUUGUGAUUGGAUGGAUGGGAAUAGUUCGUCCCGAAGGUUGGAAAUAAUUCACUGGUUGCUUAUUGGUGGCUUUACAGUUGAUCAUCUGUCUGAAAUUGCCGACUGUGUGCAGACAUCUAAACCAGUUUCCCCGGAAGUCGGCACUAACCGCGAUCAUUUGUUCUUUUUUUCCAUUGGACUUGCUGCGCCAGUUUGUCUGUAGCGCCGGAGGUGGUGGUGGUGGUGGUGGUGGUGGUGGUGGUGGUGGUGGUGGUGGUGGUGGUGGUGGUGGUGGUGGUGGUGGUGGUGGUGGUGCCCACACUGUCCCCGCACAUUCGCCUCCCGCAUCGGCCUAGUCGGUCACUUGCGCAUCCAUCGCACAGAGACUGGCGAACCAGUGCCUGGAGCAUCCACAUACACUCGCCACAUACGCCUCAACUGCCCUCACCGCACCCGCACGCUCACCCACCGUAUGGACCUAUUAAGCCACAUACGGGUUCAUGAAAACCUGCAGUAGACAGCCGCCAGCUAAACUUCACCACCACAUCUUCCCUCAAUUUCGGCACACAACAUCAUAACCCAACUGUCACCUCCCACAUAAGUGCGAAGUAUGCGUCUCGGCUCCGUCUCCAUGCGGCUCCUCUGCUGCCUGUGUGAUUCGAGUCUGAGACUAUCAUGGUGCGUCCAACACCGUGGCUUGGAAAACUGCUGAGCAACGCCCCAACUCACUUUACGCAGCCUACCCAGUUGUGUGUGUAUGUGUGGAGUGCCGGACCGGUGGGCUGAGAGCCAGGCUGUAGCGGUCCCUUCUCAACGUGACCUACGGCACUCUUAGGCAUGUGAGAUGUACGCUGCCCAACCCCCGUUGUGUGAAAUCCUGGUACUUGUGUUUGGGGGGCCAGGUCGUGCAUGUGGCACGCGCAGACAAAGUCACUAGACUAGUUUACCCACCGCGCCCAUUCGCUGCUUCAGUCACCUCAUGGGCUCGGACAGAGGCUGGGGCCUGGGGAUGGGAAAGGAGAGUGAGGUCGACGACUCAGCGCAUUUUCCUCCUCAGUAUAAACAAUCUGACUCGCUUGAAGCUAUCACAGUGCGUAAAAGACGUGGCUUGGAACGUUGCCAACUGAGGGGAUAACUUGAACCUCGCAGUCGGCCCACUGUUGUGUGUGUUUUCUUGGAGUGGCCGACUUGUGGUCUUAGAGUCAGGCUGCAAUGGCUCCUUCUUAAUGUGGCCUUUAUGACACUCCCACUGUGUGGGAUCCGAGCCAGGUGUGACGGCAUGCCUAGCUGCUGCUCCGGUCGUGUCAACCACUUCUGUUAUUGUUGGUUAAAAUCCUGGUCAUUCGCUGUGUGGAGCAGGGGGUGUGGAAUGGAACGCCAAGAUGCGGGCUCGACCGCAUCAUCCACCUGCGCCCCCCGCCUCCGGUAUUCUUGACUCUGUCUUGACACCGGGUCCAGGUGGAGGAGGGAGGAGGUGAGAGUGCGUUAAAUGCAGUGUAAGUCUGCUAUUGCUAUAGACUAAUUCACGCGCAAGCCACCGUCCCUGCCUCACCUUGCUGUGGAGCACAUGAUGGACAUCGUCGGCAAUGGCGGUCGGCCUAUCGGCGGUGACGGUGGUGAUGUACUCUGUAUGGUAACUAUGCUGCCCAGAUGAAAUUUACCUCCUCCAGUUAUCUACCACACUUAACGCGCGUUUUGGUGUUUUGCUUUCGUCUGUCUCUUGUCAGCCAGCCUAUGCGACACAUGUUAGCUGCUGCGGCUAGUCUGAACAGGCUCCGACAAUCGACAGGUUCAUCAUAGGGGAAGAAACAGCGAGUCUGACUCUGGGAAACUCAUCUUCACGACAAAUCGGCGUUUUCCUCACUGAAGUAUAUAUUGCAACACGCUAGAAGUCGUGGUCUGAAAGGUUGCCAACUGGCGGUAUAACUCUACCCUUAUGUGGGAGUCAGCCUUGAUCUGAACUUUAUGGCAGUCCCAUACCCAUGAAAUCCUAGUUGUCCCCUGUAAUUACCGAAUUCAUUUUGUCGUAACCAUCUCGUCUGUGGCACGCGCAGAGAAGCUGUGUAACCAAUGAGCGUGGGCCAAAAUUUCGGCGUCUUGACAGUGCCUUCUAGCGGAACCCUGUGAAUGAGGCAGGGAGGAGUUCGCAGGUCAGCCUCCUGCAUCCACUACGCUGUUGAGCUCACAGUGGACGUCGUCGUCCGUGAUGGUCGAACUGUCACAUCACCUUAGGGACAUUUGAAUUGCAGUUAAGUCAGAAUAUACGAAACGCAUCUUCAACAGGAGUUUGGACAGAUUUAAAUAAAGAAAGCCAUUUGGCGAGCAUACGCGUGCUUUUGCUAAAUGCUCAUCGGGCCUAUACAUGUAUGUGGGAACGAGGUACCAACUGAAACGUGCGGGCGAUAAGAGCAAUUGAUUAUGGUUCGCAUUUUAAUACAAAGAGGGUGUACGAAUAGAAGAACAAAGGGAGAGGGGAGAAGGCAGUAAGUGACAGUGAGGGUGAGGCAGAGAGGGGUCACAAGGUGGGGAGGAAGGCGGCAUGGCAUCAUGCAUACAGUUAAUCAAUCCUUGCCCACGGCAGACGCGGGCAUGCGAAAGGUUAUCCUGCGCGCACAGGAUCGACCUCGGUAGCCCGAUGGCAGUCACUUCUGCUGUUGUUAGUAGGCGCUGACCCAGUCGCUUAGGGUAGGUAGGUGGGACCUUGUAAAUCACACGGAAGGCUUCGUUGGAGUCCACAUAGUGACCCGAAUCAACCAUGUGUGCGAGGAUAGAGCUGUGUAUGCUCUUAAUUUCCCCUUUCCUCAGCCACGUCGACAGGUGUUAACGUAUUCCUGUGGAAAGGCGCCGACUCGUACGACCAAUGUAGCCUGCUCCACAGGAGCAAGUAAAGGAGUAAAUGCACAUGGAGAUGGUGUGGGCUGGGUAGUCUAUUCUUAACUUCCCUGUGUAAGACGGGGUUGGUCGAAAACAAGGCUUGAAGUCUUGCUGCCGGGAAGGUCCGCGAAAAGGCUUGGUUAAGGCGCCUUCUCAGGAGUUCACUCACUGUAAGAGGACGUUGAGGAAGAGAGUUUUCUUUUCCGCCGUCGGUAUGAUUUAAGUAAUUCAUUUGACCCAUUUGUGAAAAAUUCUGCGGCCUAGGUGGGAAUCGAUCUCACGACAGCAAUGUCGAGACGUGAAUGCAGCGAGCGCUCAAACCACCUGAACUACGAUGCACCGCUCGAGAGUUUACUUACAUCGGAGCCAUGUUACCCGCCGUCGUUACCCUACAGUUCUGGGUUCGAAUCCAACCGACGUCGCCGAGUUUUCCACAGUUGGGUCAGACGAAAUCCAUUUUUGUCUCACUGGACCACCAGCAACCAUUCGACCUGUAAAUUUUCCUCCAGACAAACUGUACUUCAGGAGUGGGAGCUAUAGGAACUAUUUGUGUGGUUGAGGAAAGCAAACAGUAACGCCUAAGUCCACGAAAGAGGGUGUCCGCGGCAUAUGGAAAGCACCAGUCAGACUGGUGACGCUAUUUUAUGUCCAAGGCUGCUCACUAACUAAAUGUAAUGUGCUCACGCAACUGAUCAGUAUCUAUCAAAGACCAAUACCAAAAGGGACAUAUCCAGAUGUACAAUAGCGCCAUCUCUCACAUAUGCACAGGCCAUAAAACUACUGAUACGGUUAUAAGAUAAAAAGAACCCUACUAGCAACAACCAGUACUAUGGUCCUAACGUAACGUAACGUUCAACGUAAACAAGUGUAGCUUCCUACGUGUCGGCGGAACCAGUUCUCUUAAUUGUACGAUCUACCGUCUGACUGGCAAACCACUGCAAGAAGUCGACGCCCAGAAGGACUUGGGUGUAUAGAUCACAACCUCACUUAAGCCUUCGCUGCGAUGCUCAAAGGUAGUCAAGUCGGCGAUGUCCAUUCUAUACCUCGUCAAACGGGCGUUCACCUCCUUUGAUGAUGGCUGCUUCGCCUAGGUCUUUCGAACUUUUGUGUGACCGCAUCUGGAGUUUGCUAUCCAAGCAUGGAAACCCCGGACCGCUAAAGACUUGGGCAUACUCGAAAAAGUUCAACGGCGAGCAACGAAACUUGUAUCUGGGCAGUGGUCACAACCCUACGAAACACCAUUAGCUAAUCUUGAGCUCUUUCCUUUGAGUUACAGACAGCUAUGUGGGGACCUGAUACAAGCUUUCCACAUCAUGCGCAAUCAGGGCUGCUGUCACGCAUUUGGAGUUUUCUUCAAGUUGGCGACUACGACCAACCUGAGAGGCCAUCCACUCAAACUACGUGUAACUGGAGCCCCGCUAGACACACGAAAGUUCUUCUUCUCCAACAGAGUGGUUGCAGCUUGGAAUGCCUUGCCUGAGGAUGUUGUUAUGUCGGGAUCCGUAUACACUUCUAAACGGAGGCUAGAUCAACACUGGAGCGCGCACCACAAUAACGCAGGACUACAACAACCUUGAUAGCCAACGUUGAUAAUUUAGUGUUAUGACGAUGCGACUACCGACCUUCAAGUAGCAUAUGUUCAUGUAAUUUACUAAUUUUGAACCACGUCGCAUACCGCUGUUCGCAUUCACCACGAUGCCUGAAGACUAAAAUUUUUUUACCUCUUUUCCUGUAUCUUAGGUUUGCUUCAACUGUCUGCUGCAUUUAAUCAACAAACCGAGUUCAUAUACCUUUGAAUGCUGUUAACGCAUGAGAUUUUGUGUUCAUAUGUACAGCUUUUGUUAGUCCCCUUGUAUUUCUUUAGUGUUACUUCCUUCCCCUUUUCUCCAUAUACUUCCUCUGAAUGAAACCAAUAGGGAUUUCAAAGUUACACACCUACUUUCCCUGAAAUACACUGAUACUGAUGCUGAUACUAAUCUAAUAAGACCGUCACUCCGGACAGCGGAUGACAGUAAGUGGGCUGGAAGCGUGUGGACGCAAGAUCGAUUCUACAUUCCAUGUGAAGCACUAAAGCCAAUGGCGUGACGUAAGCUAUCAUGAACGCAUACGGGAAUGCGGAUGCUUGGAAGUACGCCGACGCGUGCUACAACCAAAAAACGCAAACUCUUAUAUUCUUAAUUCAUCCUACCGAAAGGAAAUCGGUAGUAAAUACAAAUGCACUAACCCAAAGCAACAAUGAUACGCUCAUCCUGUUAUAUUCCCCCGGACGUCAUCCCUAAUGGCAAGCGAGCUAGCGUACUCUAGGGGGGUAGUGGGUCUUUAGCCAGCUCGCGAUUUGAUUGGUUCCCGGGUCGGCUACGUCGGCGUCGCGAAGGCCGCAAGCGGCCGCGUAUUCUUGCACUUGAUUAUCGAUUAGCUUCGGCACCCGAUAGGCCUCACGCUCGCCCCGGUGCCACUUUUUGCCUUUUCACGCUGCGGUGCGCACGCCGUGCAUGCCUCAACGCUCUCAUUGCCUACCUGACCCCUAUUCGCCUUUCUGUUCGACCUUAUUGCCUUUCACUGACAAGUAUGUUGGCAGGCGUAAUAUCCGGCGUCAAGCGUGUAGGGAAACAGAAAAAAGAAGAAUCAGCGAAGAGGCGAGGGAAAUGUCGUUGCCGGACACCUCAUCUUGCAGUUAGUCGGACAGCUUCACGGACGAAUCUGACUCCGCAACUUCGUUCGAGUACGAACACUCUUCUACGUUGGUGACUCCCUGAGCGUCCACGUACGAAGAAGAUGAUUCAACGCCAGAAGUAGAGGAGGAGGAGGAGUCAAGCGCACGCGAAUGUCUGCGCAAGCGGACUUUACGCUCAAAAACUCCGCAUUUCCACUUGAACGACCUACUAAAGGCUUUGAGACCGUGGUUGCCGGACCUACCUGCUGACGCACAAACGCUGUUGGGCGCGACAUACAUCUCCGCACCGAUCACGGCAAUGGUCAAGUGGUGAGUACGUGCAUUUGGGACUUGAAGCUCAGCUGAACGCCCAGUUGCCUAAUCUAGCUCUUUCUCGUUUAGUAGAAGUGGUUAUAUGCCUAGCAAUAGACCCUGCCAGCACCAGCCCUUCAUGGCCCCGCCUCAUGAGGGGAGCAAAUCCCCGAUGUGGCCCCCUCUGGCGCUCUCAUCGAAAAAAUGCGCAGGGGACGCCUUAUAAUUGUCGUUUUUUGCCCCCGCCCCUGGCCAUAUUAGACUGUCUGACGAUAAUGCGGAUCCCUAAACGUCUUAUUACUCGCGUUAUAAUCCUGAUCACCCUUUUCUUAGACAAAUUUUCCCCGUUAUCUGUCCUAUAUUAUCCCUUGAUGCCUUCUUGCGAACCCCAUAUCGCCAAAUAUGUCUUGUUUCAUUCCAGUCCCCCUUCUCAAAGCCAAUUUCCCCCGCGAUCGUUAGCGGACCUUCAAGCGUGAUUGCGAACCCCCCAACGAACCAUAUCGAUCAGCACACUUGAACGCCAUUUAUAGGUUAAAGAAAAUUUAUUGAUCGAUAAAGAUAAAAAUUUGAUAUGUACAAACUGUCAUGUUUCCUCAAGGGACAUAUUUGGUAAUUCGUCCAUGUCGGUGGCGGGUAUCUACAAUAAAAUAAAGCACAGCGUCCUAUUAAUUAAAUUGUCAAAAAACAUACUAUUGAAAUAAGGCAUUUUAGUAGUAUAUUUUAUGAUCUAGAGUAGUUUGAAGUUGGUAGGCUCGAAUAAAUGCAGGUUUAAUAGAUAUAAAGAAACGCUCACUUACAGUGUCCUCGGAAGUAGAUUGUAUCAUAUAUUCUUCGGCUGAGCUGUAGCUGACGGGAAGCUGAAAGUGGCUUAUAAAGACUCAAGUCAAUUAAUUUACCGUGGUAUUGUCUCUACGCUUUGAUCGGCCACCGUAUCUGUCACGCGCGCCGUGGAACCAAUCAAUUGUACUCUUGCGAAUUGUGUCAACGGUGCAAUUUGAGAAGGCGGCGUGUUCACGAAUUGCAGCUGAACAAGUAAUCUUAAAAAAAAUAUCCUACCAAUAACAAGGCCAUAAAGGGGGCUGCCGACGAAGGCCUGCUUAUCUCUUGCUCCGCCCCAGCAGAAACUGAGGCAUAGGGGGUGGCCGAGUAGAGUGGUCAGUAGAUUUCUGACAAACUCUUUCUCGUUUCGCCCGUCUGUAAUCGCCAGACGUUUAAUCUACAAUCCAUUCAAAUAAAGAAGUGUCAGUAUAUGUACAUACCGCGUCUUGAGCGAAACCAGCAUUGUCCUCAAGCUCACUGACGAAUGCCUUCGUACACAGAGGCAAAUUCAGUGAAGGCGGCCUCGCUUCAGCUGGCUGACGUAAUUCCUGAAUGGCCUUUAAAAUUUCGGCCAUUGUAGCUUUAACCUGCGUUAUAUCAGCCCGUAGUUCGACGAUUUCCUCAGCAACGUAAUCAACUUUCUUUCUACUCGCAUGUCAUCAAGAGUCAGAGCAGUCCUACGUAGCUGCGCAAAUACCGAGACAAGAUAAUCAAUUAACUGCCUGGCCCACGCCGCCACGCAUUCUCCAGUAAGAAUCCGUGUAUAUUAUGCCAACUUUUAGACCACGCAAUAGCUCGGAAAAUACACCUUGGUGGAGAGACUCAAGCCAACCCACGCCACCAAGGGCUAAUCAGUACGCCGUUUCUUUUAAGUUUACUUAAGGCUGCCCCGGGAACCCAGCACGACCGCGUUUGACAAACGGUUAUCACAGGUGCAGCACGAUGUUGAAUGCGUCCAGUAAGACUGUUCUGACUCUUGAUGACAUGCGAGUAGAAAGAAAGUUGAUUACGUUGCUGAGGAACUCGUCGAACUACGGGCUGACAUAACGCAGGUUAAGGCUACAAUGGCCGAAAUUUUAAAGGCCAUUCAGGAAUUACGUCUGCCAGCUGAAGCGAGGCCGCCUUCACUGAAUUUGCCUCUGUGUACGAAGGAGGCUUACAAGGCUUUCGUCAGUGAGCUUGAGAAGAAUGCUAGUUUCGCUCAAGACGCGGUAUGUACAUAUACUGACACUUCUUUAUUUGAAAGGAUUGUAGAUUAAACGUCUGGCGAUUACAGACGGGCGAAACGAGAAAGAGUUUGUCAGAAAUCUACUAACCACUCUACUCGGCCACCCCCUAUGCCUCAGUUUCUGCUGGGGCGGAGCAAGAGAUAAGCAGGCCUUCGUCGGCAGCCCCCUUUAUGGCCUUGUUAUUGGUAGGAUAUUUAUUUUUAAGUUUACUUGUUCAGCUGCAAUUCGUGAAAACGCCGCCUUCUCAAAUUGCACCGCAGACACAAUUCGCAAGAGCACAGUUGAUUGGUUCCACGGUGCGCGUGACAGAUACGGUGGCCGAUCAAAGCGUAGAGACAAUACCACGGUAAAUUAAUUGACUUGAGUCUUUAUAAGCCACUUUCAGCUUCCCGUCAGCUACAGCUCAGCCGAAGAAUAUAUGAUACAAUCUACUUCCGAGGACACUGUAAGUGAGCGUUUCUUUAUAUCUAUUAAACCUGCAUUUAUUCGAGCCUAUCAACUUCAAACUACUCUAGAUCAUAAAAUAUACUACUUAAAUGCCUUAUUUCAAUAGUAUGUUUUUGACAAUUUAAUUAAUAGGACGCUGUGCUUUAUUUUAUUGUUGAUACCCGCCACCGACAUGGACGGAUUACCAAAUAUGUCCCUUGAGGAACCAUGACAGUUUGUACAUAUCAAAUUUUUAUCUUUAUCGAUCAAUAAAUUUGCCUCAAGCUAUAAAUGGCGUUCAAGUGUGCUGAUCGAUAUGGUUCGUUGGGGGGUUCGCAAUCACGCGUGAAGGUCCGCUAACGGUCGCGGGAGAUAUUGGCUAGCACCAGCCCCGUCAUGGCCCCGCCUCAUGAGGGGGCUAUGACGGGGCAAAUCCCCGAUGUGGCCCCCUCAUCGAAAAAAAAUGCGCAGGGGGACGCCUUAUAAUUGUCGUUUUUUGCCCCCACCCCUGGCCAUAUUAGACUGUCUGACGGUAAUGCGGAUCCCUAAACGUCUUAUUACUCGCGUUAUAAUCCUGAUCACCCUUUUCUUAGACAAAUUUUCCCCGGUAUCUGUCCUAUAUUAUCCCAUUCAACAUCGUGCUGCACCUGUGCUAACUGUGAAGACUGUGCUUAAAAUUGGCUCCACAAUUCUGCCUAAAAUAGGCCAAAACUCACGCUUAGUCUUCCUAUGAAUUUGAAGACCAUCUAUUGCUAGGCAUAUAAGUACUUCUUCUACUGAAGGGGGCAGAGCCAGGGUACGCAACUGGGCGUUCAGCUGAGCUUCAAUUCCCAAAUGCAUGUACUCACCAAUGCCAUUACUAUGAGCCAACCAAGUCGCAGAAAUCCUCCACGUGAACGCAGGUCUGCGCUGGAAGAGGCGUUGUAUAAUUUCAACGGAGAAGGCAUAUCUUCGCCUGUAAGUUAUAUGACUUGACGCUGGUCUGAUCCCUAGGAAGUAAACGACAGCCAAUAUGACAUGGAGGACCCAAUGACACCAUUCCCUCAAGGGAGCCCAUGCGAGUCGAGAGUAGUAAAACUUCUCUCUACUGACCUAUCUCAUAGAGUGGCACGAAACAAUGCCCACUGACAGGUUUGCGAAUUUGGACAUGGCCGUAGCCCUGCUCAUUCAACACAGCGCCAAAUUGUUAAAAAAGCUGGACGUUAUCCUAGGUAGUAACCGUCGCUUACGCGGCCGACUACGGGAAUUGGAGGCAAAGGUAAAUCAAAGGCCACCUGCGCAAGGAGCAUUACCGCUGCCACAAAAACCAAUCAAAAGGCCUAUGCGGACGGCAGCGGACUUCCACCAGCUAAACGCACUAUUGGAUGAUACAGGAAUAAGAAGUCAACUUGUAGACUGUCCCUAUACAAAACAUACGGUGUCCUUCCUCAUCUGUCUAGGUGGCAAUAACCUGGACGACUUCGUUAAGCGCGUCUUCUUUGCGUUAUUUGAAGACGAAAUUUCCUUUCACGUGAACUUCAAGGGCCGGAAACUGAAAGACAGUCUCAGUAAUUCAGCAGUGUACAAAGUCAUUUUGAGUAAGUUUGCAAUUAAGCGUCUGCUAUCUACAUUUGUAGACAUUUUCGCUGGCUGGGACGAAAAUUGCGCAACCACAUUGUCGGACCUUGAGACUGUGUUCGCUAAAAGACUGAAGAGGUCCCUAGAUGAUUAUGUACAAAGACAGCAGAAGGAAAUAGGCCACAAAAGCUGGACUGGUGAAUACAUUUCAAUUGUUUAAUAUUAACCCUCCCCUAUCCCUAAUAGCACGGCAAGCCGAUUCUGAUUGAAGUCAAUGACCGUUGGGACCCUGAUGACUGGACAUUUUCGGAUGUUCGAUGACUGAUUUGGAUGGAACCAUUUUUUCAUAUUCACGCAAAUUGCUCCUGCUCUCACUGUACUUCUCACCGUAACUCGGUCACUACCCACGAAACCUACAACCCAACAGUCCCUCAGCAAUUGUUUCGUGGGCAUUGAAGGGAGGCAGUGAUUAGCUACAUAUUCUUACCCUACCCACACUCUACUUUUCCUGUUGGGUUGUAGAGUAUCAUGUCCUCAGAGGAAGAAAGCCCAAGAAAGAUGAGACCAAGGCGGUCGGCUAAGAACCCCUACGAUGAUGAAAUAUGGGACAAUGAAUUGGACCUAUCAACGACAUCAGUAGGACUGUUAAUUACAUUAUUUUCCGUUGUUUACAGCACUCCCAAUCAGAAAACACGGAAUCAAGGUCAACUUUGCCAUUGGUGGCGUCACCAAAAUCCAAAGGUAUUUACCUUUCAUUCUACUAUGUCGUUCGUAGGGCAUAAGAAGAGUACGGCCGGGCGGAAAAGGAGACAUCUGUCCUCCCGCGAAAUGUGGGGGAAAUUUAGAGCCGUUCUACAGUGGAUGAUAGAGAAUUGUAAAGAAAAUACUAGACGGCUAGAGCGGAUUGAGCUGAAGUUGGAUGCCCAAGCAGGACGAGCGAGUGCAGCAAUUUCUUUAUCCACUUCAACGUCUGUGGCUCCACCUUUCAGACGAAUGGCUUGCAUAAGCGACUUCGAAAAAUUUACGAGUAAAUUGUCAGACGCAGAUUUUCGGCAGCAGAUGGUAAGUUUCUUAUGACCUUCUGAUUUCUCGGAUAGGUUAGUCACUUAGCAGGUUUUGGAGGGCAGACCUUGGGCGCAUUCGUCGACCGAGUUUUCAGCGCCCUUUUUGAGGACGAAAUAACGCAGCACUUAACAUUUUACGGACGACAACAUGGAAAGAGCGCCUUCUUUGGCUCCCCUGCAUAA